AUGAACAAUAUUGUCGUAUUUGGUGGCUCUUCCCAUCCAUCACUAGUCGAAAAGAUAUGUGGGAAUCUGGGGAUCAAGCCCUCGCAGGUCAAACUGGGAAAAUUUUCUAACGGAGAGACAAGCAUCAGCAUCGGUGAAUCGGUACGUGAAAAGGACGUAUACGUCAUUCAAAGUGGAUGUGGGCAUGUCAACGACAACUUCAUCGAGUUGCUAAUUCUUCUAAAUGCUUGCAAAACUGCCUCAGCGUCCCGUGUCACUGCAGUGAUGCCCUACUUCUGCUACUCUCGUCAGCCCGAUAUCCCAUAUACGGCCAAAGGGGCACCUCUAAUUUCUAAGCCCAAAGAAACUUACACUUUUGAGAGCGUACCCGGUACUCCAGUUCCAUCGAUGGCGACGACGCAAAAGCCUAGAGUUCCUUCCGACGGCCCCAUUAGUAGUAGUAACAUCGACAACACGACAACCUCAGAGUCGUCAAAUUUGGAGCACCCUGAACCUGUCAGAUCUUCCGAGGGCGGCGAUUUGCACAAGUCUCCUUCGCAAUCGCGUAUCCCCAUGGUUCCAGAGCGCAAGGAAAACAGCUCUGAGCUGGGAUCUCUUUUUAAUGCUAACAACGCCGGGUACAAACUCUGGGUUGCACAAGCGGGCACUUUAGUGGCCAACUUGCUCACCACAGCUGGUGCGGACCAUGUUAUCACUAUGGAUCUUCACGAUUCGCAAUUUCAGGGUUUUUUCGACAUUCCUGUGGACAAUUUGUACAGCAAGCCUAUUGCCCAUAAUUACAUCCAGUACAACAUUCCAGAAUAUAAGGAAGCCGUGGUAGUUUCUCCCGAUGCUGGUGGUGCAAAGCGUGCAGCAUCGCUUGCGGACUCUUUGGGAAUCUCUUUCGCCCUGAUACACAAAGAGAAAAGAUCACAAUUGCCCAAGGGACCUCCUGACGCCAGUUUAACGUCAGGCGGUGGAGCAGCUGUCUCAGGUAAGCCAUUAAUCGCCUCAGUCUCUUCUUUGGCUUUGAACUCACAAGAAAUGAGAUCUUCAUCGUCAAGUUCCCGGUACGUUCAGACUACGAUGCUAGUUGGUGAUGUUCGAAACAAAACCUGUAUUCUAGUGGAUGAUUUAGUUGACACUUCUUACACCAUUACUCGUGCCGCCAAACUUCUCAAGGACCAGGGCGCAACCAAGGUUUAUGCUUUGAUCACGCACGGUGUCUUUUCUGGAGAUGCUUUGAAUAGAGUCUCGAUGAGCGCAAUUGACAAGAUAAUCGUCACUAACUCAGUUCCUCAACACAAAACCGUCAAAUUUAUGGGGAAGGACAGAGUACAUGUUCUUGAUAUCUCGCAAAUUUUUGGAGAGUCCAUUAGAAGAAUUCAUAACGGUGAAUCGAUCAGCAUGCUUUUCGAACUGGGAUGGUAG